GCAUGUUCCCAUCACGUGUUGUCGCUUUGCUUUCUGAUUGGUUUCUGGUAUGUAUUGAGUAAGUAAUUAGGCAUGUAUGUAGGCUACUAUGGAUGCUGGUAUGCAGGAUAUCUGUUCGCAUUGGCAAUAUCUGAUGACUGAUAUUCUGGUAUGAGAAAGAGCUGCACCUGUGAGAGUACGCCAGUGAAGAUGAGAGCACUGCUGAUUCUCACCCUCUACAUUUCAUCUCUUGGGGUCCUGCACUGUGGCCCCGACCCCUCUCCCACAGAACUGAGUGAGGAUGUUCUCCAGGGGCUGUCGAGGGAUGGUGAGCGUUAUGUUGACGAGGAGAUGAAGAGAGCCUUGUUUGGGGUGAAGCGGAUGAAGGAGGUGAUGGAGAAGAACCAAGAGAAGCAUGAACACCUCAUGAAGACCCUCAAAGAAAGUAGCGACAAGAGGAAGGGGGCAGUGCAACUGGCCACAGAGGUGGAGCUAAAGCUUCAGAAGGCGGAGGAGCAGUGCCAUGAUUCGCUAAGGACAUCAUUUAUGGAGUGUCGACCCUGCCUGGAAGACACGUGCAAGACAUUUUACACCUCCACCUGCCGGAGAGGCUUCUCCUCCUUCUCUUUCAAAGUGGAGGAGUUCUUCAGGAAGUUAUCCUCUCAACUGGAAACUCCAGACCAGGUUGUCAAUCAGAACCAAGAUAACCUGACCCAGACCCAGAACUCGGACGAUCCAGAUCUGGAGCUGGUGCGGCUGAAUGCCUCCUUCAGUCAGAUGCAAGGGAAAAUGAGCUCCCUGCACAACCGGAGCACAGAGCUGGUCAACAACAUGCACCAAGAGUUUGGCCAUGGCUUCUGGGUGGCCUUCACCACUAAGCUGAAGCCCGAGCCCCUCUCCCCCACACAGGAGUCCCCUAGUGGGGGCUUCUUCAUGGGCAUGGGCCGCCUUGGCAGCAUGGGCCUAGAUGAUGUGCUGGAGGAAGUAUAUGACUUUGGCCGGGCGGUAGUGGAAGACUUCAGCGAUGCAAUGACAGAUGUCUUGGACGAGAUGCAGGAGGCUGUAGAUGAGGAGUCUUGGCAGCAGAGAGAGUCCUUCCCUAGCUGGAGCUGGGUCCCAGUUCCAUUCCCAGACAUGUAUCUCUGUAGACAGCUCCGCAGGCAGGUAGCAGAGUGCUGGCAGCUGCAGAGACUGUGCGAGUCCUGUCAGGACACUUUGGUGAAAGAGUGUCCCAGUGUUAGGGAACUCCACUCUGCGCUGGAGGAGACCUACAUAGUGCUCAACACGUCUCGUCUGCAGUAUGAGGAGAUGCUGCAGGUGGUCCAGAAACACACGGAUGACACACGCACCUGGCUCAACGCCAUGGAGGCCAAAUAUGGCUGGGUGACGCAGCUCACCAAUGGCACCCUGGGUCCUCAGUACAUCUUCGGUGUGAGCGCGGUGAUUCUACAGGUGAGGGAUAACGGGUUUAAAGGUGACACCAGAGUGGUGUUGAACAUCCUGAACUCUCCUUCAUUAACCCUCUCCGUCCCAGCAGAGCUAGAGGUGCAGGACUCUGCCUUCAUUCAGUAUGUGGCCCAAGAGGCCCUGGCCCACUACAAACAGUCAAAGAUAUGAAGUAAUCUGAGGAUUUUGCAAGCUGUGCUAUUCAUAAGCCUCAAUUUACCAUUGUGUGUCUACCAGUUCCUUGGAAUGGAGCAUUAUGUUUAAGGUUGUAUGCAACAUUUGGUCGAGCUACGAGCUAUACUCU